AUGGACCUCCCCUCCUUCAUCUCCGCCCUCCCCAAAGCCGAACUGCACGUCCACCUCGAAGGCUGCCUGACGCCCGGCUUGGCCCGCACCCUGGCCGCGCGGAACAACCUCCCCCUCCCACCCUCCCUCAGUGCCCUGGACCAAACGGGCUCUUCCUACUCGUUCCACGACCUGACGACCUUCCUGCAAGUCUACUACCCCAACCUGUCCGUCCUCCAGACGGCGCACGACUUCGCCGACCUAGCCAUCUCGUACCUGACCACCGCCCACGCCCAGAACGUCAAGCACUGCGAACUCUUCUUCGACCCACAAGCGCACACGGCGCGCGGCGUGCCCUUCCCCACCGUCGUGCGCGGCUACCAGGCCGGCAUCAACACGGCGCAGCGCGCGCUGGGCAUCUCGGCCUCGCUGAUCAUGUGCUUCCUGCGCGACCACAGCGCCGAGUUCGCCAUGGCGACGCUCAUGGAUUCCCUGCCGUUCAAGGACGUCAUCAUCGGCGUCGGGCUGGACAGUGACGAACGCGACAACCCGCCGUCCAAGUUCGCGGCCGUGUUUCAGCGCGCCGCCAAGGAAGGGUUUCUGAUCACCAUGCAUUGUGAUAUCGAUCAGCCGGACACGUUGACGCAUAUAGGUCAGGCGAUCAAUGAGAUUCAAGUCGAUCGUAUCGACCACGGGACCAACAUCAUCGACUCGCCCGAGCUGAUAUCCACGUUGAAACAACGGGGGAUUGGAUUGACGGCUUGUCCCAUCUCCAAUGGCAUCGUCACAGAUGACUUUAAGGGCAAAGAAAUCAUCGAGUUGCUGAGACAGGGCGUUCGCGUGACGGUCAAUAGUGACGAUCCGGCAUAUUUCAGGGGAUAUCUGAAUGAAAAUAUGCUCAAACUCGCCUCAGCUGCGGACCUGAAUGUGACGAGGAAGGAGUUGAUUCAUUUGCAAAGGAACGCUUUCACGAUCAGUUGGAUCAGUAGUUGGAAGCGGAACCACUUUUUACAGAUGUUGGACGAAUUUGAACGUCUGACGUUGGGAAGUGAAGCAACGCAGGUUCUAAAUGGUGUUUGA